CCCAUGAAUGUACUUUGUUUGCGUUUAAACUUAAAACUUUUUAAAAGUUAUUUGAAUUUAUUAAUUUACAAUAAUUUUAAUUUUCUAAUUUUUGACGAUUCUAAUUUUAAUUUUAAGCAAUUAAUAAAGAUGGGUUGUUUUUUCCUCAAUCAUAGUUUUAUACAAUAACACUCGUAGAUUAUAGAAAAUAUUUAAUUUUAACAAUUUACUAGGUCAAGGACUUUCUACAAGACUUUUAAAUUUAAAUUAAAACUUUUAUAGUUUAAUUUUUUCAGAGAAAUUACAGGAAAAACGGUUGCUGUUUAUUUUGAGUAAAAUUAAAAAAUUCAUAACUCAGCCAACAUCCAUCCAAAUUACGUCAGAAUAUCAAGAUGUACUCUAUUUUACCUACUCUAUAUGUUCUUUUUACUUGAGAAUAGUAAAAAACAUUGCUGUACUUCGAAAGAUUUCUGAAAAACCCUUCCAAAAGCCAAAGUAUUUUCUGUUGGUUUUUGUUGAGUUGCAUCAAUAUAGAGAAGGUAAAAUAGAGUACAUCUUGAUAUUCUAACGUAAUAUGGAUAGAUGUUGGCUGGGUUAUGUAUUUUUUAAUUUUACUCAAAAUAUAGGCAAAACCUAGGUUGAAAAAGGGUUAUUUCACCUAAUAUAGGUUUUUAUCAGAUUUUUACAAGUGUUUUGAAUAACAGAUAUUGCCAAGAGAUUCAGCGUGGUCGAUUACCUAUGUUUCCAUUUAUUUUCGGUAUUGCCACACCUAAAGAAAUAUUGAUUCUGGGAAAUCUGAUGCCACGCCUGAACCGGAAAAAAUUAAGGGUUCGCUUAUUUCCCGUUUUGCAGGGGGCAUUUUGAACUAUCUUUCUAUGAAGAAAGAUCGACCUAUUUCUAUGUCAGUUCUCAGAGAUCCAAACUGGUUUUCCAAAGAUCUGUUCAAAAUCCGGUCUUUGAAUCUUUUUCAAAAUCAUUUUUGCUUGUGAAAAGAUGCAUACAGGUCUAGGUUAUCGAAUAGUGAAAACCGCCGGUCUCUAUCUGUCUUCUGUCAAAAGUUACUCAAAAAAUAACCGCGGCUAUUAUUUUCGAAAACAGACAGUAGUUUUUUUGUGAAGAGAUGAAGCCGACCUUUUUACUUCAUUAGAACCGCCAUCAAAAAAGCUUUAAAAGUAUCUGUCGCUAUUCUUUUUAUUUGCUUUAUUACUGAAAAAAAUAUUUUUUCUAAAUCAGGAGCGAAAACAUCGGAAUUCUGUCCAUAAUUCUCAAUUUUCUGUAUCAGAACUCAACUUUUAAGCAAUAAAAGUAUUAUAUUUAGAGUCAGCAGAAAAAAAUGAGAUCAUAAAUGAUAAUAAAUAUAUAUAUUUCAAAAAUUUUCGUUUAUUUUCAUUUAUUGGUGAAAAUCUCAAUAAUUUCUCAGUAAUAAAGCAAAAAAAAGAAUAGCGACAGAUACUUUUAAAGCUCGUUUAAUGGCGGUUCUAAUGAAGUAAAAAGGUCGGCUUCAUCCCUUCACAAAAAAAAACAAGAUAGGUUUAUGAAGUGUUUACAACGGAAGCCCGUACUGGAUAGGCCUUUGGCUUCAACCUCGAUCAAGCAUCAUUCUCAUACUCAGUUUUUAAUGCAUGAAUCAGAAAAAAAUAGUUUCGAAAAGUUAGUAGAACACACAUGAUGAAAAUUUGAAGUUUUUUUAAACUAAGCCGUUUUUUCAAAUUUCACAUCCUCCGAAUUUUUUCAAUUUUUCUCACUUAAAACUUUGUCGAAAAAAGUUAAAAAUCACAUAUUCGUAAUCAGGUCAUCGAGCUCUAUCCAACUAUAUAUGAAUAAACGAAAACAAAAUCUGCUCGAAUUUUGCAUUUUCGACACCUUAUUACAUUCAUUUUUUUACGUUUAGAUGCUCGUGUAUUUUUAACAAUCGCCGUUGAUUUAGCUAUAGCUGGUAUACAAGGAUCGGUGAGAUUUCUUUUUGAAGCAAAAGCUCAAAUUUAUUCUUCAAAUGAGAAUUCAGACGAACUAUUCGAUUUAUUUUUGUCAUCAUUUAAAAAAUUAACGCCGUUAUCAGAAGAAUUUCAUAUGAAAUUAAAAGAGGUAUGUUAA